GCUCGUGGUUUGAUCUGGACUUCCCAAGUACGGCUUAGAAUGGAGCACUUAAAAUCAUGCACUUCCGAUUUGCGACUUGUCGCAUUGAUUAAGAUUACUAAUUUUAGAAUUUCUUUUACAUAGUUGUACACAUAAGUAAGCACGGUUGUAAGAAAAAAGCACUGCAACAGAGGAUAUCAUGAAAUUCUAAAGAAAUUUAACAGCUUUGGGAAAUCGUAAGCAAAUAUGACUCCGACAAAAAGAGGAAAUUUUAAGACUCUAUAGACGUCAUAAAAAUACUAUUUAUUACUAUACAUACUUAAAUAAAACAACGGAAACUAUUUAUAAGUACAUUUUCAAUAUGACGUAGCAUUGGGAACCAAGCGUCGACUCAUCACUGAUCAUCAGUUCCUCGGUCUUUGUCUAUUAAAGUGGUCAAACACUCGAGUCAGUCUUCAAUAGAUUUUGGCAGCGCGUCGUGGAUUGACCUUUAUUUUAAAUUUGUUCUUUGUAAAGAAAAGUUUAUUAUCAGAAAAAAUGCUUAUUAAAAAUCCGAACAACAUCAAUUUACCCGACUAUUUGAAUGAACAGUUUUUUGUUACUGCGCUGGAAGCAGGUUUGCGGGAGACCGCCGAACUCGAAGUUAUUGAAGCCGUUUUCGAGUGGGGCAGCAAGCCGGGCGACAACUAUUGCUCAUGCAUUUAUCGCGUCCUGAUUGGGUUCAGGCGAAUGCCACCAAAUAAGGAGCAUUCAGGACAGGAAAAACUAUCAUUGAUAAUUAAAACUAUUCCGAUCACCAAAGAGACGCGGUUUCUCGAAGAUGCUGGGGUAUUUUUGCGAGAGAAAUUCACCUAUUUGGAUGUGUUGCCGCGGCUGGAAAUACUUCUGGAUGGUCAUAAAUUCAGCGCUAACUGCUUAUAUGCCAUUAAAGCACCGAUGCAGACGAUCGUAUUCAAUGAUUUGAAAAUGGAUGGAUUCACCACUGCUUCGCGGCAGGAUCAACUCGAUUGGGCACACAGCGAAUUGAUCUUGCAGCAACUGGGCCGCUUGCAUGCCAGCUCAAUGGUUUUGGCCAAGAAG